CCCGGGCUGGGGACGCUGGGAAGAUGGCGGCGGCGGGAGCGAUGGCGGCGGGAGCGACAGCCUCAGGGGCUGACUUCGCUUGUGCGGAUUUCUCCGACUUGCGGGAGAUCAAGAAACAGCUACUGGAUGUGGCGGAACGGAGCCGGGAACGCGGCCUGCAGCAUAGUGGGAAAUGGGCUUCAGAACUGGCCUUUGCCUUGGACCCUCUACCCUUGAAUGAGCUGCCUCCUGUUCCUGAACUUACAGAGGAAGAUGCUUGUGAUUUGGAUGCUUACACUCUUGCUAAAUCUUACUUUGAUCUAAAAGAAUAUGACAGGGCAGCCUAUUUUCUAAGAAGCUGUAAGAGCCCGAAGGCCUAUUUUUUGUAUAUGUACUCCAGAUACCUGUCUGGUGAGAAAAAGAAAGAUGAUGAGACAGUGGAUAGUCUAGGUCCCUUAGAGAAGGGACAGGUGAAGAAUGAAGUUCUGAGAGAAUUACGAGUUGAACUUAGCAAGAAGCAUAAAGCCCGAGAAUUGGAUGGAUUUGGACUUUAUCUGUAUGGAGUCGUGUUGCGAAAACUGGACCUAGUGAAAGAGGCCAUUGAUGUGUUUGUUGAAGCAACUCAUAUCCUGCCAUUGCACUGGGGGGCCUGGCUGGAGCUUUGUAAUUUGAUCACAGACAAAGAGACGCUGAAGUUCCUGUCCUUGCCAGAUACCUGGAUGAGGGAGUUCUUCCUGGCACACAUCUACACAGAGCUGCAGCUGAUAGAGGAAGCCUUGCAGAAGUACCAGAGUCUCAUAGAUGUUGGGUUUUCCAAGAGCACCUACAUAAUCUCCCAGAUUGCAGUGGCCUAUCAUAAUAUUCGAGAUAUUGAUAAAGCAUUAUCCAUCUUUAAUGAAUUAAGGAAACAAGACCCUUUCAGGAUAGAAAAUAUGGAUACCUUCUCCAACUUGCUUUAUGUCAGAGGUAUGAAGCCUGAAUUGAGCUAUUUGGCCCAUAACCUAUGUGAGAUUGACAAGUAUCGUGUAGAGACUUGCUGUGUAAUUGGGAACUAUUACAGUUUGCGUUCCCAGCACGAGAAAGCAGCACUCUAUUUCCAGCGAGCAUUGAAACUGAAUCCUCGAUAUCUUGGAGCAUGGACCCUUAUGGGGCAUGAAUACAUGGAGAUGAAAAAUACAUCAGCAGCUAUUCAAGCAUAUAGACAUGCCAUUGAAGUGAAUAAAAGAGACUACAGAGCAUGGUAUGGACUGGGGCAAACGUAUGAGAUUCUCAAGAUGCCAUUUUACUGCCUUUAUUAUUAUCGACGAGCCCAUCAACUGAGACCCAAUGAUUCCCGUAUGCUUGUUGCUCUUGGAGAAUGUUAUGAAAAAUUAAAUCAGCUAGUAGAAGCCAAAAAGUGUUACUGGAGAGCAUAUGCUGUAGGAGAUGUAGAAAAAAUGGCACUGGUGAAACUAGCAAAGCUUCAUGAGCAGUUGAAUGAAUCAGAGCAAGCUGCCCAGUGCUAUAUUAAAUACAUCCAAGAUAUUUAUUCCUGUGGGGAAAUAGGGGAGAACCUGGAGGUAAGCACCGCCUUCCGCUACCUGGCUCAGUAUUACUUCAAGUGUAAGCUCUGGGAUGAAGCCUCAGCUUGUGCUCAGAAAUGCUGUGCGUUCAAUGAUACAAGAGAAGAAGGGAAGGCCCUCUUGCGGCAAAUCUUACAGUUACGAAAUCAAGGGGAGACAUCAACUACAGAGACGGCCACACCUUUCCUACUUCCUUCUUCCCUCUCUGCCAACAACACUCCAACCCGCCGAGUGUCCCCACUGAAUCUGUCUAAUAUUACACCUUGAACUGUACUACCUUUCUGAGCUGACUCAGUUGAGAGGGUGGUUCUGUUGUAAACUGGAUCUUUCUCUUGAAUACUGCCAUUCUAGGAAGACUUUUGAUUUCAGUUCAGAUUGCUGACGUCACGCUGCUGAGGAUGGCUGUCUAUUGUAUCAUAGCUAUGAAAUGUUAAUAGCUCAGACUGUGUAGUGAGCUGAAUUCGCUCUACACCUCAGCCUUCUUACAAGUCUGGCAUCUGUGUGAAAAGAGAGAACCCCUCUCUUUAUACUGGCAGUUGGUGAGACUGCUUUCUGCCCCUUUCUUCAUCACAUUCCUUUCUGAGGAUGUUGUAAUAUGAUGCAGGCUAUCCAUUUAUCAGAUGUGCAUCAUAUUAGAAACAGUAUCACAUUUAUUUGAAAUUGGAAAGGAGUGUCUGUGAGCAGCUGGCUUUCUCAUCUUUUUAUUAGGUGACCAAUGAAAACUAUCUGUGAAUAGGAUAGGAGCUGCCAUCUGCUUUAGCAGCAACACAGAAAAGCAUGUGGAUGGAAAGCUAAUAGGUCACGCCUAAUUCAAUGUAAUAAUGCCAGGCUGAAACUGGUAGCACGAAAUGAUGGGUAUAUUGUAUGCAGCAGGUGCAGUGUUACUGCUCUCCCACAUAGGCUCUAGAAAUUGUAAAGAAUAUUUUUGUUAAUCUUUUGUUGCUCAAGAACCAGAGGAAAUUACUUGAGAGCAAAUCUGUUCAUUUCUUUGACUUAGCAGCUUGUAAAUGUUCAGUUUAACAAUUGGGAUGCUCAGUUUAAAAAUUGAAUAUGAUCUUGUAACUUAAAAUGAUUGUGAUAAAUCUACAUGUCAAGACUGUUAGAAUUCAGGAAGCACAGAACAAUUUUUGUGUGGUUAAGUAUCAAGUUAUUUACCAUUACCAUGUUUUUAUCAGUAUAUUUUCAAGAAAUCAGAUUUAUGACUUCUCACGUUUCAGAGAUAUUGAGGCUUCAGUAUUCAUAUUUAGAACUUUUAUCUUCUUCCUCCUCCAGGAAUCUCAGCAUGGUAAACAACCUUCCAAAUUUAUCAUCAUAGUGAGAUUUAUAGCCAGUUGAAGCACCAAGUCAUAAUUGCUUGAAUUAUCUAGACAUAAAAUAAUUAUACAAAUACUAAUAAAUUCUGACUGUUUAUAAGUAAUCUAAACCUAUCCUAUAUUACUGUAAUCGGAAAAUAAUCCAACCUACUCUUGUACUGUACAGUAAUCAUUAAAUUUGGUGCCUUGUUAUAUUAGUGGAAACUAAAUCAAAGGUCCACCACCCUUUGAAUAGCAAUUCUAAAUAUUUUUUUCAGAUUGGAAUCAUAAUAAAUUAUGCAUAAGAAGGUUCCUCCAAAAUAGAGAAUCAGAAUUGUGAUUGUGCUGAUGAUUGAUAUUCCAGUAUACCUACUUUAGCCUUGGAUUGCUGCAGAUGAUUCCUUAAAGUAAUGAACUAUUAAAAUGGGGCAUUUAUCAGAGCUGGUGUAUACCCAUAAUUUUAACAAACUAAUGGAACUUACUUGAGUUUUCCAGGACACAAAAAUACCCCAUAUCUGCCCUUGCCAAGGAAUUGUUUGCAACUACAGCAUUCAUUCAGGAUUUUGCACAUUCUUUGAAUUGAGUAUAGUUGAUGACAUCGGAACUGGAGUGGAAUACUGGAGCCAGUCUGAUUUAGUGGCCCAAGACUUCUCUGAAAAACAGUACUUUUGUGCAGUUAAUGUUCUCAAAGACAAGUUUCUUGAGAUGGGCCUGAGGUUCUGUAUGUAUUAUGCUCGUAAAAGAAAGUUUUGCCAUGUGGAAAGAUGGCUGGAGGAAAAAUAAAGUGGAGGGCAACUUG